UUGGAAAUUGGUCUAGUUUUUGACUGGGUUAGUGGAAUUUUAUUUAUAUCCUUAUAUUUUGCACGUGAAAUUCAGUUGUAAUACGGGCCAGUACAGCAGUUUUAGUAAUAAACAUAAUGCCCGUUGACCAAAUUCAAUACUCCGAAAGAUAUACUGAUGACGUUUAUGAGUACAGACAUGUAAUAUUACCGCCAGACAUUGCCCGUCUAGUACCGAAAUCCCACCUCAUGACGGAGACCGAAUGGCGCAACCUCGGAGUCCAGCAGAGCCCUGGAUGGCUUCACUUUAUGGUACAUAACCCUGAACCACACGUGUUACUCUUUCGGAGGCCACGGACAGAUAUACAACAGCCCGUGAAUGGGUUAGACGCUACAACUAACUCUGCUGUGAAAGUAUGACUGAAGGUAUACAUAGAUAUUUAAUAAUAAUAAAUUAAUUAAAUAUGUAAAUUUGCAUAACUAUAUUAAUUCUUUGAUAGUGGUUUAUUAUAGCCGUUGCUUAAGCUAGAAGCGGCAUAAAGUCAUAAAGAGACUAAAUAUGCCCUGUAACUUUUGAUUCGUAGAAUGAUCAGUAACGUUGUAUCUCAAUAAAAUAAACUGCGUACCACACAGAAGAAAAUGCGAGAUGCCUUGGCAUUUGGCCUAAAAUUAUAUGUAGAGACAUAAAUAUUUUAAAAUUUCUAAUUAUAUGUAUAAUUUAAUAUUGUAUUGUAACAUU